GCAAAUAAUAAUUAAAAAGAGUUUCAGUGUUUUUUAAAAGAAAGCAACUAUCGAAAAACAAACAAUCAAAAAGUGAUUGCAAACACAUCCUCCAAUAUUCGAUUUACUUUAUAAUUCUUCGCGUGUGAAAUGGCCAAGUUAACCAAUGUUAUUAUUUGUUGCUUCCUCAUGUGCGGAAUAUCUGGAUUAUUAGCCAAACCCAUUCUGGACAAUGAUAUUAUACCGCAGACGAGCAAGUGCCAGAGCUGUCCGGAGAAUAGACCGGAAUGUGAGCCGGAUCAGGUGCUCGUUGAGGUGAUGCAUGGCACCGGGGAACCAGGCAGCUGUUGUUCCCACUACAAAUGUGUCGGCGAAAUGCCAGUCUGUGAUCGCGCGAUCGCACCCAUUCGAUACUAUCCGAAUGCGUGCAUUGAGUGCACGACUUGCUCCAUCUGCCAGUCCAUUUGCCCGCUGAUUGAGUCGGAGUCGGAGCAGUUGUUGAACUGCUUGACCUACAAUGAUGAGCUCAAGAUGAAGGGUGAUAUCUGGAUGGAGAAUGACGGCUGCACCAGAUGCGAAUGCGAUCAGCAGAGUGAGCGAUCCUGCAAGUCCAUACAAUGCCUGGAGCCGGACUGCGAGAAUCCCAUUCAAAAAGAGGGCGUCUGCUGUCCAGUCUGUCCCUCCGAAGAGGAAGAGGAAGUGGUCGUACCCUCCAUAGGGGGCACCACCAGCGGCCCACACCUGUGGCUGAAUGUCAGCACCACUGAGACGAUCGAAGAUCCUACAAUGGACAUGAUUGAUCCCUCUACCCCAAUGACAGACGAAGCUAAUGAUUCCAGCAGCACCACAACAGCCACUAGUUCAGUUUCCUCAACCGAAAACGAGCCAAGUGUUGUUCAAUUAGGCUCCAGCACAACGAUCAAUAGUCCCUCCAGCACUACGACCUAUAGCCCAUCCAGCACUACGACCUAUAGCCCAUCCAGCUCCACGGAGAACGACAGCUCCACAGCCAGCGAGGGCCCCGAAGUUCCACCCAACUUUGAUGGGUAUUCAACUUUGGAUUCCACUUCCACAAAGCCCAGCAUCGAUCUCAUUGAAAGCUCUACCACGCCCGACGGGGACGGACCCACAGACAUCUUUGAAAGCUCAUCAGAUGCCUCCUCUACAGAGAAAUAUCGCCACGAAUAUUCAAUUCAAUAUUCAAUUGAGUUCAAUAAAGAGACCACCGCUGGGCAGAUGACCGCUGAGAUUAGCACAGAGGAGAUCACAUCCACUGAAGAUGCGCUGCCAAAGGCUAGCGAUAAUCCCAGCACCUCGGACACACCAGCAGAAUUACCCCUGUCGACCAGCUCGGAAAAUAGGCCACCUCGCACAGUUUAUAACGGCGACGAUGUUGUGUCCUUGAGAAAGGAUGGUAUUGGACGUUACGUUUGGCCUGUUUCUGUUGUCAUUUUUGUGUUUGUUUUGUUAAUUUUUGCCACCAUUUACUGUGUCAAGAAGCAAAGAAACGGCAAGGAGGUAAACCCGGCCUACCAUGUGGUCUCGCAGAACAAUCCACAGACUAUCGUGAACACGGGGCAGCCACUGCUGCCUCCCAUUGGCGGUGAGACGAUAAAAGAAGUGACGAAUUGAAGCAUUAGCAUUGUGGUUCCUUUAUCAUCCUCCCUGCAGACUGAUUUUUGAUCUUAACAUCUGGAUGUCCAACCCAUCUAGAACAAAUUAAACCAAAAUAGUGGAAGAAGUCUGCAUGGCUACAGAAGUGAUACUAAUAAACGAAAAGAAAAGCAUUUUCCGUC